CAGUUCUGAUUCUUAUUGGAAUAUCGACGUCAAGCUAUUUUCACUAAUAAUAUUUUUCGAGUUAAUCUCAUACUUUGUUCAUUAAAUUUGCAGAAAAUACAAUGUCCUGGCUACAAGAUCUAGCAGGCAAAGCGGAGAAUAUUUUAACGAAAAUUGAUCAAAAUGCAGCUACCGUUUUGCACAGUGUACCGAAGCACUCGAACGGAACUGAUGCUGAACCCCUAAUAGAGGUCACGUCAGGUGAUGGAUUAGUAUUGGGAGAUCCGGAAGCACCAAGUUUCAGCAAACCGUCUUUCACGACAAAAGCCCCAUUGGUGUUAUCAUCUCCGAAAAAUGUAUCUAGGGCUGCAUCCGCAAGCCACGAGCGGAGUGUGCCUUCGGAUAGUCUGCUUAACAUCAACGUUGAUUCCGGGUCUAUGAAGUCCGAAAAGUUCAAUGGAUCUUCCAGGAGAAGUUCAAUCAGUUCCCGGAGAGAUGGGACGGUGAUCGAAAUAGCUGCUAAGGGUCCAUCAGAAAGCUACGAUGUUCACUGCUCGGUUGAUAAAGAGCUGGCGGCAACAAAGAUUCUUCUUGCCGAAAUUAAAUCAGAAAGGGACGAGUUGAAGGUAGAGUUGGAAAGUGCACUGACUGAAUUGGCCAAUGCCGAAGGAAAAACUAAAAUUCAAGAAUUGGAAGAACUCUGUCAAACUUUGCUAAAAGAGAAAAACGACUUGAAUGUAAAUGUUAUGCAAAUAGAAGAAUCAAAUGCAAAGUAUAUAAAAUCCAUAUCGGAACUAGAAUCGAUAGUUUCAAAGCAUAAUUCAAAUGAACAGGAACUGAUUCAAAAACUGAACCUAGCCAAAAUGGAAACCGAUAAUGCCAAAUCCGAGUUGCAACAGUAUCGGGUACGAGCCCACGCUACGCUUCAACUGAAAGAGCAAAUGAUCGAACAAUUGAAGGAAAAUUCAAAUGGCACUGAUAACGCAGAUGAACUGAGAGACGGAUCCUCCAUUCCGAUCCUGAAGCUUGAAUUGGAUCAGCUAAAAAGCGAAAGGCUCAGUCUGUUGGAGGAAAUAACUUCACUCAACGAAAAGUACGAGCGAGGAAAAUCAUUAUGGCAAACAAUGGAAAAUAAACUACGCGAUUCGAUGCAUGCUGCAGAAGUAGAAGCAGCUGAUUUAUCGCAAAAACUGAACGUAGAAACCACGAAAGCACAUCAGUUGAGUGAUGAUUUAAACAUCCGUCAAAAAGAACUUGCGUCGGCGCGGGAGGAAGUGGUCAAACAGCGAACCACUUUUCUAAUGCAGCUUCAUGAAAGGGAUGCUGAAAUCAAUAAGUUGCGAAACAAAAUUCACAGUCGCCGGACCGUCAGCCCAUCAUCGGACUUGGAGAAUCGACUGUCAUCUCUCACCCAAUCACUGGUGCAGAAACAGUCGUCUUUAGAAUCAAUAACGGCUGAAAGAAAUGCGCUGAAACUUCAGCUUGAAAAACUUGAUGCGCAAUACAGGAGCACCGUGACACAGAUUAGACAGCAAAGGGUUCCGUAUAUGAGCUCCAACGAAACUGAUGAUGCAAAAUCCCAAGUUCCCAAUUUCAUGGUCGAAAACCCUUUCGACAAUAAAGUAGCCAGACGAGUUAAGCGAGCCUAUUCUUCGCUGGACUCAAUCGGAAUCCGGCUGGGAGUGUUUCUGAGACGUUAUCCACUGAUUCGGAUACUGGUUAUCGUGUACGUGGCCGUGCUGCAUCUGUGGGUUAUGUUUGUUCUUCUGUCAUCAACGCCGACCUAGCUGCAUUCCUGAAAAUUAAAGAAAAAAAACAUUAAAGAAUAUAUUAUGUUUAUUUAUACAGAUUAUUUUAGCAUUUCAGCAUCGCAUGUCAUACCUGUACUUUUUUUUAUCGUUAACAUUAUUAAAUGUUGAUUUUACUUGGGGUAUCUAAAUCAAA